AUGGAGGCGGCGGCGGCGGAGGGCGCCGAGCCGGCGGGCGGCGGCUGCGGCGCGGAGGAGCCGGUGGUCUCCUUGGCGGAGGUGCUGGCGGAGAACGAGGAGCUGGAGAAGGAGGCGCGGGCCGUGCUGGGGGGCAGUGACCACGAGCGGUGCAGCUACUCACAGGGCGCGGUGAAGCGGCAGGCGCUGUACGCCUGCAGCACCUGCACGCCGCCCGGCGGGGAGCCGGCGGGGAUCUGCCUGGCCUGCAGCUACGAGUGUCACGGCACCCACCGCCUCUUCGAGCUCUACACCAAGAGGAACUUCCGCUGUGACUGUGGAAAUAGCAAGUUCAAAAAUCUGCAGUGCAAGUUGCUCCCAGAAAAGAGCAAGGUGAAUUCAGGAAAUAAGUAUAAUGACAAUUUCUACGGAUUAUACUGUACUUGUAAAAGACCUUAUCCUGAUCCUGAAGAUGAGAUUCCAGAUGAGAUGAUCCAAUGCAUAGUUUGUGAAGACUGGUUCCAUGGAAGGCAUCUUGGUGCAAUUCCCCCUGAAAGUGGAGACUUCCAUGAAAUGGUAUGCCAAGCCUGCAUGAAUCACUGCCAUUUCCUAUGGGCCUACGCAUCACAGUUAGCAGUUCCUGCUUUGACCAAAGUGAACUCCCUUGAAGAUGAAGGGAUUGUCCUGAAGGUUGAGGAAAGCGAAGAGCAGAAAAAAGAAAUAAAAAAAGAAGGUGGAGUGGAACACCAAGAAAUGAAGGAGGAAAAGCAAACGGAACAGUUCAAUGAGCCAUCCACUAGCUCUGGGUCUGCCUGUCCUGAGGUAGUUACGAAGAGCGAGGGGCCAGUCUGCAAGCUGAAAGAACUCCAAAGCAAGCAAUUUUUAAAAAAAGAUACUGCCACCUUUUGGCCAUCGAACUGGAGAAGCAAAUUAUGCACCUGUGCAGACUGUUUGAAAAUGUAUUCAGAGCUUGAAGUCCAGUUCCUGACAGAUGAAUGCGACACCGUCUUGGCUUACGAAAAUAAAGGUACCAGUGACCAAGAAACAGAGAGGAGAGAUCCUUUGAUGGACACCCUUAACAGCAUGAACAGAGUCCAGCAAGUGGAACUCAUCUGCGAAUACAAUGAUUUAAAGACAGAACUGACGGACUAUCUCAGGAGAUUUGCAGAUGAGGGAACGGUGGUUAAAAGAGAAGACAUUCAGCAUUUCUUCGAAGAAUUUCAGUCACGGAAAAGACGACGGACUAACAGGAUGCAGUACUACUGUAGUUAGACUGAGGGGGUUUGGGGCGGAAAGGACAGCUGGGAAAACAGUACUCAUUGGCAAACAGACGAGGCAUCUCCAGUAUUUGGCUUCUCAUCAAAAUCCAACUGUCCAAGAAACGUCUUCGUUUUGUCUCCUUCUUCCCUUAUUUGUAGCGACUGAAAGCGUUCUUAGCAGGUACCUUGCAAUUAUAGGGAUGUCAGUUCUGCCCGACUGCGCUCCCCCCAAAGCUGGCCUUGUCCCAGGGGGGAGGACGGCUUGUUACACCAACGGUGUGCCACCGCACCUUCCCUUUGGCCUGUCACCUGUGUCACUGUGCCUGGCGCUGUGCUGCGGCCUGGGUGGGCUCCGCAGUGCGGGCAACACGCACUCACUCUGCUUUCCAAGACUGGAGCUUUCCUGCUUUCCUUUUUUCCUGCUUUUCUUUUUUCUUGCUUCCUGCAGCACCGCUUCAGGGUGUGGUGGUUCUAGCGAAGGCUCCCCGCGCAAAGACAUGUCUCUCUACUGCGGCAGGGGAGGCAGCGCUCCUGGAAGGCUCGAGCCGCCCGUGUUCGGCCACGGUUGUUGGGUGAAACUGCGUCCCAACACUGGGGUGGGAUCAGGGGAAGCAAACAGCACUGGAGCGCCGCAGGCUCGCUCGCUCGCUGCUCUGGAAGCGCUCCCUAGGCGGGUGAAAAAAUGAGAAAUCAGAGGGUUCUGUUUUUAUAAAUUCAAAAACUUCAUUUCUAAUAUUGUACAGGCAUGUUUUACAUGCAGAAAUUUGUCACAUGAACCUUAUCUCCUCGCUGGAAUGAUGUACUAAAUUACAAAUUAAGCAUGAGCGGGGUGUUGUUACAGGAAUUCUAACAUGACUUUUAAGAAUCUACACUUAGCUACAGUUAAAUACUGACUUUUCCUAAGUUUGGAGCCUAAUGUAGUUUUUAGUUUUCUUUACCCACAAACCCCAAACAUACUUUAAGAAAGUUCUGAUUUUUUACCUCCUACUUUGUGUAGUUGGAGGGUUUCUUUCCCAUGGGCUACUAUUCUGCUUCCACGUUAAUCACUUUUGAGAAGUAAAUCAGACCUUUCUCUAUCAUUCUCCCUAUUAAUAGUUUCUGACCGCUUUAUUUACAAAAGCUGGUUCUAGCGUAGGGGCUCAGCUCAUCGGUUUGUUUCCUGCGAAAUGAUUAGUUGCUUUUAAAUUUAACUGGGGGUAGUGGAUGUGCUUUUUUUUUUUUUGUAGCAACUGUUAACGGGAAUUGUAACUGCCUAGCAAACUUAAAAUACCUGCAAAUUAAAGAACUGUUCAAUCUG